CCCCUCCGCGUCUUGCUCUUCCAGACGUUCACGGCCUGGUGCAACUCCCACCUGAGGAAGGCUGGCACGCAGAUCGAGAACAUCGACGAGGACUUCCGCGACGGCCUCAAGCUCAUGCUGCUGCUGGAGGUGAUUUCGGGAGAACGACUGCCAAAACCAGAGCGGGGGAAAAUGAGAGUGCACAAAAUCAACAACGUGAACAAAGCCCUCGAUUUCAUAGCUAGCAAAGGAGUCAAGCUGGUCUCCAUAGGAGCCGAAGAGAUCGUAGAUGGUAACGCAAAGAUGACACUGGGCAUGAUAUGGACAAUUAUCCUCAGAUUUGCUAUUCAGGACAUCUCUGUGGAAGAGACCUCUGCGAAGGAAGGCUUGCUGCUGUGGUGUCAGAGGAAGACAGCCCCUUACAAGAACGUCAACGUGCAGAACUUCCACAUCAGCUGGAAAGAUGGUCUUGCUUUCAAUGCCUUGAUCCACAGGCACAGACCCGAGCUCAUUGAAUACGACAAGCUCAGAAAGGACGACCCUGUGACAAACCUGAACAACGCUUUCGAAGUGGCAGAGAAAUACCUGGACAUCCCCAAGAUGUUGGAUGCGGAGGACAUUGUCAACACAGCCCGCCCUGAUGAGAAAGCCAUCAUGACCUAUGUGUCAAGCUUCUACCAUGCCUUUUCUGGGGCUCAGAAGGUACCGGAGGCGGCUGUGUCCAUCUUGCUGCCCGAUGAGAAGGCCAUCAUGACAUACGUUUCCUGCUUCUACCACGCUUUCUCGGGUGCUCAGAAGGUGCGCUGCUCGUGCUCGCAGCAGGUCGGCGGUUACCGCCCUGCGCUAACUGGAGGGCCUGAGCAAACGAGUGAGUCUCUUGGGCGGCUGGUGGCUCGCAGACCCUCUGCUGCUUGGUCGGUGCCCGCGGCGCGGGCAAACCUGGAGGGCGGCCUGCGGCUUAGCCGCGGGAAUCCUUACCGUCGGAUCUGGGUCCGCGAGCUGGAUUACUACGACUCUCCCAGCGUGAACGCUCGGUGCCAGAAGAUCUGCGACCAAUGGGAUGUUCUGGGUUCCUUGACCCACAGUAGGAGAGAAGCCCUCGAGAAAACGGAGAAGCAGCUGGAAACGAUCGACGAGCUGCACCUCGAGUACGCGAAGAGGGCGGCCCCCUUCAACAACUGGAUGGAGAGUGCCAUGGAAGACCUUCAGGACAUGUUCAUCGUCCACACCAUCGAGGAGAUCGAGGGACUGAUUGCUGCUCACGACCAGUUCAAGUCCACCCUGCCCGAUGCUGACAAGGAGCGCGAAGCCAUCCUGGGCAUCCAGAGGGAGGCGCAGAGGAUCGCGGACUUCAACAGCAUCAAGCUGUCUGGCAACAACCCUUACACCUCUGUCACCCCGCAGAUCAUCAACUCCAAGUGGGAGCGGGUCCAGCAGUUGGUGCCCAAGAGGGACCAUGCCUUGCUCGACGAGCAGAGCAAGCAGCAGUCCAACGAGCACUUACGUCGGCAGUUCGCCAGCCAGGCCAACAUCGUGGGACCCUGGAUCCAGACCAAGAUGGAG